AUGCAGGGCAAGGAGAGCCCCGUCGGGUCCAACACCCAGGAGACCCAUCAGUAUGUCGGCCCUUAUCGACUGGAGAAAACCUUGGGAAAAGGGCAAACCGGACUGGUCAAGCUUGGGGUCCAUUGCGUGUUGGGCAAGAAGGUGGCGAUCAAGAUCAUCAACAGGGAAAAGCUGUCGGAAUCGGUACUGAUGAAAGUGGAACGGGAGAUCGCGAUUAUGAAACUGAUCGACCAUCCUCACGUUCUCGGUCUUUCGGACGUAUACGAGAACAAGAAAUUCAGAUAUCUUGUCCUGGAACACGUCUCGGGCGGGGAGCUUUUCGACUAUUUAGUGAAAAAGGGUAGACUAACGCCGAAGGAAGCGAGGAGAUUUUUUCGACAAAUCAUUUCCGCGUUAGAUUUUUGCCAUAGUCAUAGUAUAUGUCAUAGAGAUUUGAAGCCUGAAAAUUUGUUAUUGGACGAGAAGAACAACAUUAAGAUCGCGGAUUUCGGGAUGGCGUCGUUGCAGCCAGCCGGUUCCAUGUUGGAAACCAGCUGCGGCUCUCCUCAUUACGCCUGCCCCGAAGUUAUCCGAGGAGAGAAAUACGACGGCAGGAAGGCGGACGUUUGGUCGUGCGGGGUGAUACUUUACGCGCUUCUGGUAGGCGCGUUGCCCUUCGACGACGAUAAUUUGAGAAAGUUGCUGGAGAAGGUGAAGCGUGGCGUGUUUUACAUUCCACACUUCGUGCCGCCCGAGUGCCAGAACCUGCUCAAGGGAAUGAUCGAAGUCGAUCCGGACAAAAGAUUGACGCUGGCGGAAAUAAACAGGCACGUGUGGGUGACAGCGGCGGGCAAGGGCGAGUUAGAGUUGGAGCUGUCGAUGAUGGACGUGGUCCAGACGCACGUUAUUCCGUGCGUGGAGGCGAUCGAUCCGGACGUGUUGCAGGCGAUCGCGAGUUUGGGCUGCUUCAAAGAACAGGACAAACUUAUUCAGGAGCUUCUCAGCCCGAACCACAACACGGAAAAAGUGAUAUAUUUCCUGCUGCUCGAGAGGAAACGAAGAAGACCGGCGUGCGAAGACGAGCUGGAGGUGAUGAGGGGAGGCAUCAGAGGAUCCUCGGGACAAUCGGAAGCGGAUCCGCCCAGGAAACGGGUAGACACCUGUCGAGUGAACGGCAGCACCGCCCUCAAUCUCGGGGAGAUCAGCCACGGUUCUCCUUUGACACCUCGAAGACAGUCGAGCGCGAGGCAUCACGCGCGUCGUUCGCCGAGCACCGGAUGCCACACGCACGCGUCGCAUUCGCACGCAUCGACUCCAGGCAGUUCGCCACUGCACGGCUCGAACGCGGUCGCGGGACUCUUGAGCCCUCACAGGGCUCCGCCGUCUUCGCACUUGGGACAAACCGGAAGCCCUCACAGGCUGUCCACGGUGACGACCACCGCGGGCAACGGAAACACCACUAGUCAUACACCACCCGCUGCCGCCCCUGUACCGGCCCUUCCCAACGUGGGCAUCGAAAUAAACGACGUUCAGCAAGUAGUAGCGGUCGGCGUUACACCGCCAGGAUCACCGCACACUGGAGCCGGUUCCGGCGCCCAUCACUGGAGAUCGAGAUUGACAACCAUCAAGAAUUCUUUCCUGGGCAGCCCACGGUUUCAUCGUCGCAAACUUCUAACGAGCACCGAAGAGGUACAUCUCACCCCGGACUCCUCCCCGGAACUCACGAAGAAAUCGUGGUUCGGUAGCCUGAUGACCACGGAGAAGGACGAAACGUUCACCGUUCUCGUUAAAGGCAAGGUAUUGGCCUGCGUGAAAGCCGACUUGAUCCACGCUUUUUUAUCGAUAGCGGAGCUGUCCCACAGCGUUAGCUCGCCCAUGUCGUUCCGAGUGGAAUACAAGAGGGGUGGCACCGCGCCGGCGAUGUUCCAGAGACAAGUCCGAUUUCAGGUUGACAUCAGUACCAUUUCGAAGCAACAGAACGAACCGUUGUUCGCCAUCACCUUUACUCUGCUCAGCGGAAACAUCCGUAGAUUCAGGCGAGUCUGCGAGCACAUUCAGUCUCAAGUCUGCUCGAGAAACGUGGGAAUAACCUUAGGGAGCCAGAGCAGAGCAGCGCCGCCGAGUCCCCGGGCAUCCCGAAAGUUCGCCAACGAGAUGAGCGAAAGUUCCAGUUGCGGUAGCGACACCAGCGAACGACUGUUCCUAAGCCCGCACCCAGCUACCAGACAGGUAGUCUGUUUUUUCUCAUUACCACACAUCGACUCCGACCUCGAAUCGGACACGUCCGUGUUCGACGUAAAAUCGCCGACCCGCGAGAACGGGCGCAGGAGUUCCACGUCGACGAACAACAACAACCCGUUGCCGGGCGACUCGACGCCGACCCCCGGGAGCCCGACGAAGGCGGUGCGCAGCAACUCGGAGAGCCAGAACACGCCGGAGAAGAAGUGCGUGACCACGAUGAGCGGCAACAGCAUAGCGUGA